AUGGAGGGUGCCAUGGAUGUGCCAGCGGACGCGUAUCCACUUCAGAUCCGCUACAACAUGCAGAACGCAGAGUUGCUGCGUUUGACUAUGAUCUAUAUUGGGAUUUGCUUCAUCGGACAGAUUGUAGCCAUCCCACUCUCGUGGCUCUUGUUCCCGCGAACAAGAGAUCCGAAGCAGGCACGUGGAGAACCUGGAGGUGACCUAUGGGCAGCGGAUGCGAUUUGCUUACUCCUCUUCAGCAUUUCUUUGCUUCCCAGCGCCUUUGGAUCCAUCCAGAUCUUAUCCACAAGUGUUGAUGCUCGUUGGAACGGUACCUGUUGGUCAUCGAUUCAUGGAUGCCUUCUCCUGUGCACCCGACUCUUUUGCCACAUUCCAUUCCUCUUCUGGAAAGGAAUGAAUGCAUCCCGGAAGAGGAUCCUUGUGCACCACGUUAUGGUGAUCCUCGUUUAUGGCACGGGAUUGCUCAAGGGCAGCAUGCACUUUUGGGGUGCCGCAGCAGGUCUUUGUGAAUUUUCCAACAUGUUCUUGGCCAACAUUGAGCUUGUCAAGUGCUGCUCCAACAUGCACCAACUCAAGCAGAGCUUUCUGUACAAGUUGAACUCAGCUAUGUUGAGUCUCGCAUACAUUUGUUGCCGCUUGGUGCUCUUCCCAGCAGUGCUUGCAGCAUUGCUCACAGAUGCUUACACGCAUCCUGAGUUGACAGUGCGAAGCAGCAUGGUCGAGUGGGUGAUGAUGCCUAUGUCAAUAUGCUGCGUUUGGGGUAUGUCAGCCUUUGAGUUCCGCAACAUCUUUGAAGGCACCUUUAAGGACUUCAACUCCGAUGUACCUGAAGAAACUGCGGCGCUUUGGGUGGGUACUCCCUAUGCUGCCUGGAUUGAGAAGGAUGUGCAGCGGAGAUAUGCCAAGGAGAACUUGACCAAGCUGAAAGAACUUGAGCACAAAUUGGACAAUGAGGUGCAACGCCGAGAGGCUGUAGAGACAGAGCUGCAGGAAACUCAAGAGAGGCUGAAAAAGAUACCUGAGCUGGAGGAAGCUUUGACAAAACAAAAGCUUCUCCUCUUGAAGCAAGUGCAAAAGGGCGUUGCAGCUGUUCAGUUGGGCAACAUGCAUGCAGUGUGCCGCGAUAUCCUUUUUGAGUGGCGCAGAUUCACGACCGCCAGCAUUAUUGACCGACUUCGUCGAAAGGUUCCAGAUGUCGGACGUUGUCAAUUUGAGAUGGUGCAACUUCAAGAAGAGGCAAAUGAGCACCUCAAGGCGAUUCAAUUGCAGAUGCUGAACACUGUUGCACGUGCCUCGCAAUGCAAGUGGAUGCAUCGUGCUGCCUUCAUCUUGGCUGACCAUGUUUUCCAGACAAAAAGACGCAUGUAG